CACUUGGCAACACAGACCGUCGACGCAACCCAGGCUGCAGCCAUAGCAGCCAGAUUUAGCUUGGUAAACAAAGCGAGCUAGCGUGUUAACAGUUAGCCAUAUAACGGUUCUGUAACAUUGCUUUAAAACAGAGUUUUAUUAGAUGGUUUUAAAUAGCACAGUAUAUGUUAUAUCGCGUUAAUCUCGUUCUUAUGACAGUAUAUGUAAUUGAAUAGUUUUAGGGUUCGUACACACUAGCUAACUGGUUAACGUUAGCUAUUCAAAUUUUCGUGAGGUCGCAUUCUUAGGAAACGAAAUGAAACUUCAACGUAUGAUUAGACUUUUACGUGACAGUGGGACUAUUUAUCUUAGUUGGAAAUCUUUAGUUUGUGCCCUCAUUGUCUAAUAGUAAAAGCUAGCACAAUGUCUGUCGUCAAAUGUUUAACGUUACACGUUGCUCGGAUAGGCAGAUAAAAAUUAAAAGCUUGCUAGCAGAUACGUAUCUAAUCAAAAACACUAGGAAAAUAAAUAAAUUAGCUAGGAAAUAUACUAAUCCGCCCAAACAGCUGUCAUGAAAUAAAAGCCCAAUUAUAAACAUUUGGGGUGAAAUGUUCAAUCUGAUGGCGAACUGCUGCAACUGGUUGAAACGAUGGAGAGAACCUGCGAGGAAGGUGACACUAGUUAUGGUCGGCCUGGACAAUGCAGGAAAAACAGCUACUGUCAGAGGUAUUCAGGGAGAAUGCCCUUUAGAUGUAGCACCUACAGUGGGCUUCUCAAAGGUGGACCUGAAGCAGGGAAAGUUUGAGGUCACAAUCUUCGACCUGGGCGGUGGGAAGCGCAUCCGUGGGAUUUGGAAAAACUACUACUCGGAGUCUUAUGGCGUGGUGUUUGUUGUGGACUCCAGCGAUGUCCAGAGAAUCCAAGAGACCAGAGACACAAUGGCAGAGGUCCUUCGCCAUCCUCGUAUUGCAGGCAAACCUGUAUUAGUACUGGCUAAUAAACAGGACCGAGACGGGGCAUUGGCUGAGGCAGAUAUCAUCGAGAGCCUGUCAUUGGAGAAACUUGUCAACGAGAAUAAAUGCCUCUGCCAAAUUGAGCCCUGUUCCGCAGUGCUGGGUUACGGUAAGAAGGUGGACAAAUCUAUCAAGAACGGCCUUAACUGGCUCCUGAACAACAUUGCUAAGGACUACGAGCUAAUUUCAGAGCGUGUGCAAAAAGAUACAGCAGACCAAAGGGCUCAGGAAGAACAGGACAAGAAGGAAAGAGCAGAGAGAGUCCGGAGGAUAAGAGAGGAGAGAGACAGGCAGGAGCGAGAGGAGGUGGAGCGAGAAGGAAGGGUGGUGAAAGAGGAGGAGCCAGAUGAUAACAUGGCCAACCCAUUCCAACCUAUAAACAAUGUUGUUACAGAGAAUGACAACAGUCUGAAAAAGGAAAUAGAGAUGCAGAGACUGAGAGAGGAGGGCCACCAGAGCAACACUCAAGAUCAGACAGAUCUUCAAGAUGAAGCGGAAGAGCAGGAAGAUGAAGAGAAGGAAGAUGAAGAGAGUGAGAGACAGACGCCAGAGAGCUCAGAAUCAGGAGCAGUGGACCAGGCCAAGAAGAAAACUAGAAAAUUGCGAUUGAAACGCAAGCACAGAGUUGACCCACUUAGAGUGGAGGAAGCAGCACCCAAAAGUCCCACCCCUCCUCCUUUACCAGUUGGAUGGGCUACCCCUAAAGUUUCUAGGCUCCCCAAACUUGAGCCUCUUGGAGAUACAAGGCAUUCUGCAAGCUUCAACCACAUCCGUCAUGAGCCAACAGAAAUACCACAGCCUAAAAAAACGUUACUAACAUAAUCAUCUUAACUCCUCAUUUCCUGUGAUGUGACUAAUGUGUUUUAUUUGUUUUCCUAGUGCCUAGUGUUCUGUGUCCAGUUUUGAAUACCAAAGCAGUCUCACAUUGAUCUGUAAAUUUAUUCUUCUUGCUUACCCAUGUAGUCAUAAUAGAAAUUAGUUCCUUGCUUAUUGUUGCAGCUUAAAAAAUGCACUGACCUAAAUAUCUUUUCCAUGACUCUCUUUCAUUGGCAGAUUUCUAUGGCAAACCUCUCCCACCUGUAGCAAUUAGACAGAGGCCGAACAGUGAUACUCAUGAUGUAAUUUCCUAAAACUACCUCUGCUUUCCCCUCACUGGUUAGCAAUUUGUAAGGGUCUCAACCAAUCAAAGUCUUGUUCUGUUCUUAUCUUCAAGCUCGGGCAGUGUAGCAAUGUACAUGGAUGUAAUUGCCCAUGAUGAACUGAUAACCUGCCGGCAUUCCCAGUAGAAUACAUUACCCAAGGAACCAGUGACUGAUGGUCAGCAGAAGUUGCUUGCUUGCCAGUGUUUAAGAAGUUGAGAUGGACUACAGCUACCUCUAUGGAGCAAUGCUUGAUUUGUGGGGAACAUACAUGUGCUGUAUAAAAUGUUCAAAUACAGACUUGGAUAAGACUUUUCUCUUUGGCAGUCUGUCGAGCUUUUUUGUCAAAAUAAUGCUUAAAAUCAGUAUUAACACAUACUUCAGAUUCUUCACAGUUGUGUAAAAAACAUUAGACAUAUUUUUAAGAGAAUUGAAAAAUAUGUAAAAACAUAAGAAUAAUUUUUAAAUUUGUGUACUUGAAAUUGUACAAACAUGUCUUCAAUAGUUUUUAAUGGUUCACAUGCAUAUCUGCUCAAGCUUAAGAAUUUGUGCAAAUACAGGAGCUAGUCAUAUAAUUAGAAUAUCAUCAAAAAGUUGAUUUCACUAAUUCCAUUCAAAAAGUGAAACUUCAUUACACACAGACUGAUAUAUUUCAAAUGUUUAUUUCUUUUAAUUUUGAUGAUUAUAACUGGCAACUAAUGAAAAUCCCAAAUUCAGUAUCUCAGAAAAUUAGAAUAUUACUUAAGAUCAAUACAAAGAAAGGAUUUUUAGAAAUCUUGGCCAACUGAAAAGUAUGAACAUGAAAAGUAUGAGCAUGUACAGCACUCAAUACUUAGUUGGGGCUCCUUUUGCCUGAAUUACUGCAGCAAUGCGGCGUGGCAUGGAGUCGAUCAGUCUGUGGCACUGCUCAGGUCUUAUGAGAGCCCAGGUUGCUCUGAUAGUGGCCUUCAGCUCUUCUGCAUUGUUGGGUCUGGCAUAUCGCAUCUUCCUCUUCACAAUACCCCAUAGAUUUUCUAUGGGGUUAAGGUCAGGCGAGUUUGCUGGCCAAUUAAGAACAGGGAUACCAUGGUCCUUAAACCAGGUACUGGUAGCUUUGGCACUGUGUGCAGGUGCCAAGUCCUGUUGGAAAAUGAAAUCUGCAUCUCCAUAAAGUUGGUCAGCAGCAGGAAGCAUGAAGUGCUCUAAAACUUCCUGGUAUACGGCUGCGUUGACCUUGGACCUCAGAAAACACAGUGGACCAACACCAGCAGAUGACAUGGCACCCCAAACCAUCACUGACUGUGGAAACUUUACACUGGACCUCAAGCAACGUGGAUUCUGUGCCUCUCCUCUCUUCCUCCAGACUCUGGGACCCUGAUUUCCAGAGGAAAUGCAAAAUUUACUUUCAUCAGAGAACAUAACUUUGGACCACUCAGCAGCAGUACAGUCCUUUUUGUCUUUAGCCCUGGCGAGACGCUUCUGACGCUGUCUGUUGUUCAAGAGUGGCUUGACACAAGGAAUGCGACAGCUGAAACCCAUGUCUUGCAUACGUCUGUGCGUAGUGGUUCUUGAAGCACUGACUCCAGCUGCAGUCCACUCUUUGUGAAUCUCCCCCACAUUUUUGAAGACUGAGAGACCAUUUAAAGGCCUUUGCAGGUGUUUUGAGUUAAUUAGCUGAUUAGAGUGUGGCACCAGGUGUCUUCAAUAUUGAACCUUUUCACAAUAUUCUAAAUUUCUGAGAUACUGAAUUUGGGGUUUUCAUUAGUUGUCAGUUAUAAUCAUCAAAAUGAAAAGAAAUAAACAUUUGAAAUAUAUCAGUCUUGUAUGUAAUGAAUGAAUAUAAUAUACAAGUUUCACUUUUUGAAUGGAAUUGGUGAAAUAAAUCAACUAUUUGAUGAUAUUCUAAUUAUAUGACCUGCACCUGUAUAUAUAUAUAUUACAUGGAUGAUUGUGACACAUUUUGCCUUGAAAAUAUCAGAUGGUCUUAUUAGGAGCCUUUAUAGGUCUAUACGUUAUGCUGUCUUACUUUUUGAGAAUGACAUUGAUAAUCUUAAAUAGCACCAGCAACAGAUAUACAUAUUGUAUGUACUAUGUUCACAGUGCAGUCUGAAUUGUAUCUUAUGUAUGUGAUGUAAAAUGUUUGUACAUGCUCUUUAUUGAGCUACAAAGUUUAAAACAGCAUUUUAUGUGCACACAGGACAUUAGUGCUUUAUCAGAAAAUUAUGUCAUAUUGAGAAUAAUAAUUGCUUUCAUAUAUUUCAGACUUGAUUUAAAUACUGAUUCAAUUCUCAUUGUAACACACUAUCCCAUAUAUUAUUUUAUAAUGUCAUAUACUGUAAACCGUGCUCUCACAUUUGGCUAAUGUACCAAGCUAUUGCUGUUUUUAUACUUCACAUUUGUUUACAUGUAUGAUCAGUUUGAUAGUUUGUAUUUAACACCCACACAACUAUUUGGCGACACUCAUAUUUAUUACUUAAGUUCCCUCCCCACCCAGUUUGCUAUGCUUUCAUUAUCUGCGCCUUUUGUACCCAUUUUACAUUUCAUAUGAAUGUUGAAUAUGAAAUAAAAAAUAUUUUUACUCA